GGGUUACAUGCAGAGAUCCGCAGAUUACAACAGCAGUGUACAGACCUGACAUAUGAGCUCACUGUGAGAAGCUCUGAUCCCUCGGACAGCAGUGAGGUCCGGUGCAGGGAGCUACAAAGGAGGUGUGAGGAAUUGGAGGCGCAGCUGAAGAAGAAGGAAGAGGAGAACACAGAAUUGCUCAGGGACCUGGAGCAGAAGAACGCCAUGAUCUCCGUCUUGGAAAACACCAUCAAGGAGAGGGAGAAGAAGUACCUGGAGGAGCUUAAGAUGAAGAGCCACAAGCUGGCUGUUUUGUCCGGGGAGCUGGAGCAGAGAGCGAGCACGAUUGCUUACCUUACCUCACAACUUCAUGCCACUAAGAAGAAGCUGUUAGCUGGCAGUUCCUCUGAGGCUAGUCCCAACGUCAGUCCAGUCACCUCAUACAAGCCCACACCUCCACCGCCCAAGGACAGGCAGCCCGAAACCCCACGCCGCCGCAUGAAGAAAAGUCUCUCCCAGCCUCUUCACCCAGAGCUGACAGAAGUGUACCGGCUCGGAUCAGACGGCAGGCGGCUGGUUCUGCGAGAGACAGUUGAUGCCAUGCCUGACCCCACACCCUUCCUGCAGGCUGGAAGAGAGUCUCCUGAACCGCAAGUAGUGCGUGAACGGCCUGCAGUUAUCCCUCCUAUAGCCUCUGAGCGCUCCCCUGUCCCCACCCUGGGUGCCACAGCCAGUCCUCGUCACAGCCCUGCAUGGGACCAUCAGUACAGGGCCCAUGUGGGAGUGGCACACCGCAUCCCGCAUGGCAUCUCUUCCCUGGCCCCACCGCAAGCAGAGCUGGAGACACUGGCGGUGGACCAGGUCAAUGAGGAGAAGGUUGUUCGGAAGCGCUCAGGAGCCGACAGGACAGUUUAAUGCUGCAAUGCUAACCUGCACAUAAAACACAUUCGCACAUCUACUGUAUACACACUACACUGCAAGAGCAGGAAGGAGCCUGAUGCACUGUGUAGCUUGCUUUUUACGCAACACUCCAAUAUAAAAAAACAAAAUAAUCUUUUUAUUCCAUAAAGAUUUUUGUUUUCCUUGAUAUAUGGCAGAAAAGGACUACCAUAAAGCAUGCCAAAUGUUUAUUUACAAGCCUAAGAGCUUGUAAUAUACACAUUGAUUUUUAUUUUUUUUGCUUAGAUUUCCAGCUCAUUCUGUCUUAUGUGGCACAUAUAACAUAAACUCUCAGCCAAAUAUCUGCAUCAGUGCCUGCUCGAG